AUGGCCAAGUUAUCCUUCCUUGAAUGCGUGAAAGCUUGGGAACAGCAUCGAAGCCUCCGAAAACGUGCACGAGGGCGAAAUGUUCUGCUGCUGGACAUUAAGGGCAGGAAGCAUGUCGUUCCCUCCCUCGAGAAUACGAAACUGAAUGCAUCUAUCAUUCGUCCGAUGACUCGUGAGAUGGCAAAGUCAGGUAGAAUCCGAAAGCCGAUCAACCUCAUCAAGGAAGUGGUUCGCAAAUUCUAUGAGAAUGAAGCAAAUUCAGAUGAUGAGAACCAGUUGACUACAGAUGCCAAGUUGAGAAAAGAUCGAAAUAUCAACAAGUCCGCGGAAAUUAUCAAGAGCAUGCUGACCAUGAUCAAACGAAAAUGGGCCAAAUGGGAGCUACCACGUGAUGAGGAUAUUCGUGCAAUGGUUCUCGAUAUGGCUGAGGCUAUGUCGAAAGCGUAUUCAGAAGGCCGCUGUGCACUAGAGAAGUCACCCAAGCAGCCAGGGUCUGGUGCUACAGACGAGGACGUCGAUAGUGACGACAUGGCUGAUGAUGAGUCCUUGAGGGCAAGCUUGCAUCGCAGUGUUUCGCGAGGCGGUCAAUCUUCAGCAUCGUCCGAUCGAUUGUCGGUGCCCUCACCCCUUGAGGCUUGUUUGAAGGCACCUCCCCAGGCAGAGAUGGAAAGACUCCUGGGGAUUUCCCUGAACCCGGAGUCUUAUGAGUGGCUCCGUCGUGGAGGACAGAAGCCGGCAUCACAGCCGGUGGCGCCAGGCGCCCCGGUGGAGGAGGGUGCUUUGGCACUCCCUGUGGGUGCACCUGAGGCUGCAGAGGCUGCCAAUCCGGCGAUUCACAGCCAGGUUCUGGCUGAUUUUUUGGACGACAGCCAGAACAUAGAGGGGAUCGACGCACAUGAGAGUCCAAAGAAAGCUGUGCCCGACCCCUUGUCUCCUGGAAGUCCAGAGUUUAUCUCCUACAAGCCGGCCGCUGCUCGAGUGACUCCGCCUUCAACGUCGUCUGGGCUUGCUCGUCAGCUUGCCGGAAUGGACCCAGCCAAGCUUCGAGAGAUUUUGGCCGUUGUCAACAACAAGUUGAAUCAGGCUUCUUCCAAAGACCACUUGAUUCUGGACAAGGGCAUCAAGCGGAAGCUGAACUUCGAGGAUGCCUCAGAGGCAGGCUCAACCUCAGCCGGUUCAGGCUCCUCAGUUGACAACACGGAGACCCAAGCUUGGGAUGUGGGGCCGGAGGAUUAUGUGAAUUCCUGGCUCGAGUCACAGCGAGCAGAGGAUGCUGCUAAGGUUCAGCAAGCGCUUGCUCGUGAGAAGGAGUUGAAAGCCCGGGCUGAGCACGAAGCAGAGGUGAUCACUCGCACGAGGCAGCUCGCCCUGAGUGCCAACAAGAAGGAAAAACCCACUCAGCAGGAGAAGCCUGUUGAUGAGAGAGAUGAUGAGAAGCCCGGUAAGAAGCCCGGUAAGAAGCCCAGUGAGAAGCCUGAUAUCUCCCCCGAUGAUGAGCAGGAGGAGGAGGAAGAGGAGGACCUUCAGAAAUCCAGAGCCGCUGCGAAAAGCAAACCGAAGGCGAAAGCCAAAGCGACAUCCAAGGCGAAAGCCAAGGCCAAAAGCACUCCAAAGCCCAAGAGUGCUGCAAAGGCCGAGCCGGCAAAGGGCAAGCCUGGGCGGCCAAAGGCCAAGGCGACCAAGGGGAAGCGCAAGGCGGGGGGUGACGAGGAGAUGGAUAUGGAUGAGGAGCCCGGUGAUGAUGUGGAUGCGGAUGCGGCCAUGGAGGCUCCUCCGAACGUGAAGGGCAAGAAGGGCAAGCUCGCCCGAUCGCGAAGCUUCAAGAAGUUGCGGAGGAUGAAGAAGCUCAAAAGUCGUGAGACCGGCGAUGAUGGUGAUGAACCGGACAAUGCCACGGAGUACUACGAGCAGGUGGUGGCAAAGCGUGUGACAGGCAAGCGGAAGACCAGGGCCAAAUCGACCGCAGAGCCGGUCGAGGAGCCGGCCGAAGACGAAGAGCCGGCCGAAGACGAAGAGCCGGCCGAAGACGAGGAGCCGGCCGAAGACGACGAGCCGGCCGAAGACGAGCCGGCCGAAGACGAGGAGCCGGCCGAAGGCGACGAGGAGGAGAUCCCGACGUUUGCCCGUCGCUACUAUCCCAAGCGCAAGUACUACCAGGCCAAGUUCCUUGCGGUUCGGGACACGUACAACGAGCACAUGCGUGUCUUCCUCACCAACCAUUCGAAGAUGGAGGCUAGCUGUACUGCCUUUGCUAUAUAG